AUGGCUGCUUCAGAUGAGAAGAUGCCCGUUUUAAUAGCAAACGUUUUCACUAAAGAAAAUGGAACAGAUGUAGAUGAAGUUCAAUAUCUUCCGGAGAAUGAGAUCUGGUCAAGAAUUAUUCACCAAGAGAAAUUUAAUAAUCUUGAUGAGAAAAAGAAAUCUUCGAUAUAUCGACGAUUCCUUACUGCACUACAUUCAAAUAGGACAUCGCUUGCGUUUUUUGAGAGUAAAUAUGAUCCUGAAACAAAACAAAAUUUGUAUCGUUUAAGAUCAUCAAGCUAUGAUAUUGCCGCAAUGAGUCAAUCAUACAACGAACCUAAAUAUUCACCUAAUGAAAGAAAUACAAAAAGAAUAGAGGAACUUCAAAGAGAAAUAAGAAAAUUGAGGUCUGAAAUUGCUCAGCUUGAAAUGGAUAACAUGCAAUGGCAAAAUACAAUAGACCAGCGAAGACAAUCCGUUCCCCCCGAAGUUUUGCAAAACUUUUCGACUUAUGAAAAAUACGCUAAAAUUAUUGAUGAAAGAGGAGCAAAGUUCGUCGAAGUUGAAAAAGAAAUCCUUAAAAUCGGAUCAACAGUUCUCAAAAAAUAG